CAGCGUCUCCAGUUCCCAGCUGUGUGUCUAUGAAGAGUGACAGUUCCAUGAUAGAUCGGCCAGGAUUCAGUGGAGAGAAAGUCCCUUUUAACCUAAGCGUGUCAACAUGUGACCAAUCUGACCAAAACACAAAACAGGAGCCGACAGUGAAUGAUUUCCUACUCAGAAUUAUUCAGUGUCAUAAAGCCACCCUGAAAAGCAAGAAUGAAUAUUUAAUUGAAGUCAUCACUGUUCAAGAAAACCAAACUCCACUCAACAGGAUUUACACAGAGCUCUACAUCACAGAGGGAGAGCGUGAAGGAGUCAAUGAAGAACAUGAGGUUUUACAGAUCGAACUGUCAUCCAGGACACAAAUCUCACAGGACACUCAAAUACACUGCAAUGACAUCUUCAAACCAUUGUCAAGUCAAGAAUCCAAAGAAAAACAAAUCAGAACUGUGCUCACCAAGGGCAUCGCUGGCAUUGGAAAAACAAUCUCUGUGCUGAAGUUCAUUCUGGACUGGGCAGAAGGAAACGCCAAUGAAGAUGUCAAUUUCCUGAUUGUUUUUCCGUUUCGGGCACUGAAUUUGGUUAAAGAUAAGCAGUACAGCCUUCAUGAACUCCUGCUAGAGUUUCAUCCAGAACUGAAAGAGCUGAAUCCAAUGAAAUAUGAGGAAUACAAAAUGGUGUUCAUCUUUGAUGGUUUAGAUGAGAGUCGACUUCAGCUGGAUUUCUCUAAGAGGUUGUAUGAUGUGACUACAGCAUCAUCAGUGGAUGCACUGGUAACAAAUCUGAUCAAAGGAAAUCUUCUUCCCUCUGCAAACAUCUGGAUAACCUCCAGACCAGCAGCCACCAAUUUGGUUCCCUCUCGUUUUAUCAAUCGUGUGACGGAAAUACAAGGAUUCAAUGAUUCACAGAAAGAGGAAUACUUCAGAAAAAGAGUCAGUGAUCAAGAUCAAGCCAGCAGAAUCAUCUCCCACAUCAAAGCUUCAAAGAGCCUCCACAUCAUGUGUCACAUCCCGGUUUUCUGUUGGAUUUCAGCAAUUGUGCUUCAGCAAAUCCAGGGUCAAGACAAAUGUGUCGAGAUCCCUAAAACUCUGACUGAAAUGUACAUUCACUUCUUGAUCAUUCAGACAAGGAUAAAGAACCAGAAAUAUGAGGAGGGCACUGAAAAUGACCCAAAGAGUCUCCUGGAAUCAAACAAAGAGAUUUUUCUGAAACUUGCUAAGCUGGCUUUUAAUCAGUUGCUGAGAGGCAACAUCAUGUUUUAUGAGGAGGAUCUGAGAGAAUGUGACAUUGAUGUGAGCGAUGCCACGGUUCACUCUGGGAUUUGCACUGAGAUCUUUAAGGAGGAAUCUGUUCUUCAUCAGAAAAAGGUCUACUGCUUUGUGCAUAGAAGUGUUCAAGAGUUCUUUGCUGCUCUCUAUGUGUUUUACUGCUAUUUAAGCAAGAACAUGGAGGCACUUGGGUAUUUUCUGGGGGAGAAAUACGAAACUGUGCCAGAAAUCGUCCCUUUGGAUGUUCUUCUAAAGAAAGCAGUGGACAAAGCCUUGGAGAGUAACAAUGGUUACCUAGAUCUCUUCAUCCGCUUCCUUCAUGGCAUCUCACUGGAGUCCAACCAGAAAUUUCUACGAGGCGUGCUCACACACACAGAGAGCAACCCCGAGAGCAGGAAGAAAGCAGUCAAGAAUCUCAAAGCCAUGCAGCACAAGAAUGUUCAGCCUGAGAGAUGGAUCAACAUUCUGCACUGCUUAACCGAAAUGCACGACUGCUCAGUUCAUGAAGUAAUCCAAGAGUUUCUCAAAUCAAAAAUGCACAAAACCAGGUUCACUCUGGCGCACUGCACAGCACUGGCCUAUAUGCUUCUGAUGUCAGAGGAAGUGCUGGACGAGUUUGACCUGAGGAAAUACAACACAUCCGAUGAGGGUCGUAGGAGACUGCUCCCAGCUGUGAGGUGCUGCAGAAAAGCUGUAUUUGCUGGCUGUAAACUGACUGAACAGUCCUGUGAAACUAUAGCCUCAGCUUUACGGUCAGCAGACUUACCUUUGAGAGAGCUGGACCUGAGUAUCAAUGACCUUCAGGAUUCAGGAGUGAAGCUGCUCUCAGCUGGGCUGGUGAAUGCACACUGUAAACUGGAGAUUUUGAGACUUGCUGAUUGUGAACUCACUGAAGAGUCCUGUGAAGCUGUGGCCUCAGUUCUACAGUCAGUAAACUGUCCCCUUAAAGAACUGGACCUGAGUCACAAUGACCUUCAGGAUUCAGGAGUGAAACUGCUCUGUGUGGGACUGAAGAAUCCACACUGUAAACUGGAGAUACUGAGGUUGUCCUGCUGUUUAGUGACAGAGGAAGGCUGUUCUUCUCUGGCUUCAGCGCUGUGUUCAAACCCCUCACACCUGAGAGAGCUGGAUCUGAGCUACAAUCAUCCAGGAGACUCAGGAGUGAAACUGCUCUCUGCUAAACUGGAGGAUCCACACUCUCAACUGAAACUGAAUGUAGACAAAGGAGGAGAGUUCAGGCUGAGGCCAGGACCGAGAAAAUAUGUCUGUAAACUCACCCUGGAUCCAAACACGGCAAACACGCAUCUCUCUCUGACUGAGGCAAACACAAAGGCUACAUGGAAAGCUGAGAGGCAGCCCCAUCCCUAUCAUCCAGGGAGAUUUAAGGGCUUCUGCUAUCAGGUUCUGUGUAGAGAGAGCCUGAGUGGGCGCUGUUACUGGGAGGUUGAGUGGGGUGGGAAUGGGGCAGCUAUAGGUGUGGCUUAUAAGGGAAUCAAUAGGAGGGCAUUGAGUGAUCACUACUGGACUGGGAACAACGAUAAGUCCUGGCUUGGUUACAAUGAUAAGUCCUGGAGCCUGUACUGUGCUCAUAGCACGUUCUCUGUCAGGCACAAUAAUCAGAGCGACCACAUACCUGCCCCCCCCUCAUUCUCUCGAAGGAUAGGAGUGUAUUUAGACUGGCUAGCAGGAUCCUUGUCCUUCUAUAAUGUCUCCUCUGACACAGGGAAGCUCACACACCUCUACACAUACCGUUCCACGUUCACUGAGCCCCUCUAUCCAGGGUUUUGGAUGUGGGAUUCCUCAGUGUCUCUGUGCCAGUGAGAGGGCAUUUUCCUGGUUGUGGGACAUAACAAACACAUGUACAGUAACACAUGUACAGUAACACAUGUACAGUAACACAUGUACAAAUGAACAAGCUCGGCCGUUUUUUGCUCACACACUGACACACCUGUCACUCACAUACCCAGUCACUCAAAUGUGCAUUAAUUGCUAUGGUUUUUAUAGUCAUAUGUGGGGCCUCACCACUGACUUACCUUUGACUGCACACGUUAAUGAACUAACACUAACCAAAAACAAACAAAUAUAUUGCCUGUUUUCCAUCAUAAUUGUCACCGCAAUGUUUUUUAUCAGUGUUUUCCCACUUUGCAACCAGCUGAUGGCCACACUAAGUCAGUAUUGUUCAUACAUUUAUAUGAUCAGAACACAUGUAAAUGCCUUAAUACUGCGUCAGAUAGCCACUAUUCCUAAACACAGGUCUACAGAAUUUUGUGUUUUGGAAUUUAGCUACUGUAUGCUAAAAUGACGAAUGCUAAAAUGACGAAUGAAGAAUAACUCUCUAUCCCGCACACCCACAAAACCCAUACUUAUGUUUAGUAAAACAUGGUUUUAAUUAAAACACUCCAAUUGUCAGUGUAUUUUUGUACAGUGGAAUUUUUAGAGGGGGAGGCACUUUUGAUUACAUGUACAAACUUCCCUCCACUUAUGUUUUGGUUCCGUUCCGAUGACCCUGUCUUAUGCUUUGGUUCUGUUCCGAUGACCCUGUCUUAUGCUUUGGUUCCGUUCCGAUGACCCUGUCUUAUGCUUUGGUUCUGUUCCGAUGACCCUGUCUUAUGCUUUGGUUCUGUUCCGAUGACCCUGUCUUAUGCUUUGGUUCCAUUCCGAUGACCCUGUCUUAGGUUGAUUUUGUCAUAAGUCAGAAAUCCCCUGUGUUAUGUGAAUCACAGAUAUAUAUUUAAGCAAUUAACAAGCAUAAAUGCUUCAAUGUAUAGUAGGACUUUAUUAUAUUUGUUCACUAAUUUAAAAGUUAAAAUAAUGCUGAUUUAGAGUAAUAAGAACAAUAUGAAUAACAUAUGGUAAUUAUAAAAUGAAAUACAGUGCAGAUAAGUGUGUUAAUAAACACAAAACAAAAAGUUUUGUGAUCAAAACACAUGAGGUCAACAAACUGCCGUGCAGCAGUAUGUCCAACUCAUGUUUUCAUACACUCUCCGUUAUGACCAUAUGUUACAAUAUGACAGUGUGUCUAAUGUCAGUCGUUAUGACCAUACGUCACAAUAUGACAGUGUGACUAAUGUCAGUCAUCACGACAAUACGUCACAAUAUGACAGUGUGACUACUGUCAGUCAUCAUGACCAUACGUCACAAUAUGACAAGGUCAAUGUGACUACUGUUGUUACUCACAAACACUUUUCAGUCAAGGUCAGUCUGUAAUCACUCCAAAGUUUUUUUUUGUUUUUGUU